GAGAGCAAGCGUGGCUGUAUAGAACUGCAAACCGACAACGUACAAGUAUGAAAUGAUAACUGAAAAUCAAAAGCCCUCCUCCCCUCCCUCGUGGCCUUCUCUGACAUGGGUCAUCUUCUUCUUGCUUGGUUUUAGAUUCUUUGUCUACCUUGCAUCUUAGAACCACAACGGUUCCUUCUGUAUAUGCUAAAGCUUUUUUAAUUCAAUGAAUCAGAUCUAACAAGGACCCCACUUACCCAUCUUCUCCCACUUCAUUCAGUGCAGCAUAUUCUCAUAUUACAGAGUAAAAUGUGCAAAAGAAUAGGAAGUUGAUGGCAGCAGCAGAAGCAAGGGCCGUGUGGCAGAGGGUAGCUAAUCGUUGUUUUGUUCAAGAAGAUGCCAAAAGAGCUCCCAAAUUAGCUUGCUGCCAGUCCUCAUCUUCAACAACUAAGCAGGUUGAUGCAGGGCCUGCAACUGCAGCAGAAGGGCCAGAUCAUCCUGCUGCUGGUUUCAUGCCUCUUAACAGGAAUCCUUCAUAUUCCAGUCUACCCCCCGAUGCAAGAUGGUGGCUGCAAAUGCAACCUAGCUAUGGGUACCAAAAGGAUUUUACAUAUGAACAGUUAAAUGCGUUGGAGGCCGACAUGGAAACACUGAGAGCUGGGUUUGUAAAAUCAACACCUAAAACUAGCGAGGUCCGCCAACAGAAAGGAGAAUGUACUGAUGCUGAUGGUCACAAGAACAGCAAAGUCCAAAAGCAAGAUGUAAACGCCCAAUAUGGUAAGGACAUGAAGGAACUUGUUCAGUACAAGGAUGUGAGAGAAAAAUAUGAAAUUAUGGGGAUGGAUACCAUUGAUUACCCCUUUUCCAAACAACCCGAGGAAUUUUGUUGUGACUAUCCUUGGAUUGGAGGGGGGAGGGCUGAACCAUGGUGGCGGACGACUGAUAGAGAUGAAUUGGCCUCCUUGGUUGCAAAGAAGUCACUUAACCAUGUUGAGAACUGUGAUCUUCCCCCACCUCAGAAAAUGUAUCAUAAGAGACAUCCGUAUGCUGAUAUUGGAUGUUCUGACCACAAUGUAAUAUUGGGGACAUCUUUAGAUGGGAAGGCCCAAACUGGUGGUCUUUCCGAUUUGACCAGUCAUGCACGGUGCUAUUCUGAUCCUGGAAUAACACAUGAAAGAAAAGGAAAUGCAGCUGAAGAAGGGCACUCUGACAAAUCAUUCUGGGAUGUCACAGAGACACAACAACUUUCUGAGGGAGAACCUACCAAAGCUCAGCUUAUGGAAGCGCUCUGCCAUUCUCAAACACGUGCAAGGGAAGCCGAGAUGGCAGCAAAGCAAGCUUAUGCUGAGAAGGAGCACAUUUUUAAGCUCUUCUUCAGACAAGCCUCUCAACUCUUUGCCUAUAAGCAGUGGUUCCAAUUGCUGCAGCUGGAAACCCUUUGCAUCCAGAUUAAGAACAACGACCAGCCAGGCUCCGCUGUUGUCCCAGUGGUCCUUCCAUGGAUGCCAUUCAAAGGUAGGAAACCGCGGAGGAACUGGCGUAAAGGUCCCAAGGGUAAAAGAGGCAGGCGGGCAGAACCCAGGCACGACAUUACCAAGUAUGCUGUUGCUUUUGCAUUAGGAUUCAGUCUUGUUGGUGCUGGCCUGCUCCUGGGAUGGACUGUGGGGUGGAUGUUACCCCAUUUAUAGGAUGUCUAGUAGUUCUGAGUUCUGAGCUCUGAGCUCUAACCAUUUCACGGGUCUUGUAAUGAUUGUUUAAAAGGGAAUGUGUUUUGGAUUAAUUUCUUUCUCUGUGUAUUCCAUUAGAUUUUCUUAAUUUUCCUUUGUGAAUAUACCCCUAUGUAUUGGUAUACAUGUGAUGACGGAUGAGAUUGUGUGUAUAUUAUGUCUGGUUAUUCUUCCACUUUGUGUAUAUAACAAGUCUUGCUUCUUUUUCCCC